UUUUUAUAUUUGAUUUUAAUCUGUAGGAAAGCAUUUCGAUACCUCCAAUCCAUAAUCGAUGGAUUCGAUGUUUUGUGUUUCUUCAAAAACCAAAUUAAACUUUUAAAAGAAAUCACAGAAAAUAAACCAGAAAAAAAAAAUGAGCGACUCAUCGUCGGAGAAUCUGAUUCUCGUGAGCCGCGAACCGGACGGAAUCGCGACCGUCACCAUCAACCGACCGGCGUCCCUCAACUCGCUGAGUCAGCUUAUGAUAACUGACUUGGCUCGGGCCUUCAAGGACCUUGGAAGAGACGGGUCGGUUCGGGUCAUUAUCCUGUCCGGGUCAGGACGGGCUUUCUGUUCAGGACUGGAUUUGACGGCGGCGGAACAAGUUUUCAAGGGUGGCAUGAAGGACAAAGAGUACGAUCCCGUUUUUCAGAUGGAACAGUGUCCAAAACCGAUCAUCGGAGCUAUCAACGGAGUGGCGGUGACGGCCGGAUUUGAGAUCGCCCUCGCUUGUGAUAUUCUCGUCGCAGCUAAAGGAACCAAGUUCAUGGAUACCCAUACGAGAUUCGGGAUAGUUCCAUCGUGGGGAUUAUCCCAAAAGCUGCCACGUAUUAUAGGACCAAACAAAGCUCGUGAAGUAUCGUUGACAGCCAUGCCUUUCACUGCUGAAGAAGCUCAAAAAUUAGGGUUUGUGAAUUACGUUGUUGAAGGAACUGAAUUGUUGAAGAAAGCUCGAGAAAUUGCACGAGUUGUUGCCCACAACAAUCACGACAUUGUUAUUAGGUACAAAUCUGUGAUCAAUGAUGGAUUCAAGUUGGAUCUCCAUCAUGCUCUCGCCCUCGAGAAGGAGAGGGCGUAUAAAUAUUAUGAAAAAAUGACAACAGAACAGUUUAAGAAGAUGCAAGAAUUCGUAGCUGUCCGUAGUUCAAAGAAAUCUUCCAAAUUGUAA